AUGUCCACCUUGUUUCGCGAGUCCUCGGCUCAUUCGUCCAUUUCUUUACCGACGAGGAUCACAUCCAGUAGACGCCCUGCGAGUGCAAGACCAACCACUACGGCGACCAGCAUCGCAGCACAAGACAUUGUUUGUGCCGUCAGUGAAUCCCGUGGUAUUUCAUCCACCGUCGGUUUAGCAUUUGUCAACCUGGCUACAGCAGAGGUGGUUCUGUGCCAAAUAUGCGACAGCCCAACGUACGUCAAGACCGUCACCAAAAUUAGUGUCUUCGAACCGAAUGAGAUCCUUUUCAUGAGCACUGUCGCCGAGUCUAAGCUGCGCUUCAUUAUCCAAGAGAGCCUACCCGACCCCAUCCUCACAUUCCUCGAUCGCCGGUACUGGUCUGACAAAGCAGGACAGGAGUAUUUGGAUCGGUUAGCAUUCUCGGAUGAGGCAGGUUCAUUGAAGGUCACCUUAGGUGGAAGCUACUUUGCAGCGUGCUGUUUUGCAGCGGCGCUUAGAUAUGUCGAAUCGGAGCUUCAGCGGGUUUUUAUUCCUCAUUCGCUCCGGAUUAGAUUUGAGCCCUCGCAGGGGUCUAUGACAAUUGAUCUGAAGACGAUCGUCUCUCUAGAGUUGAUCCAGAACCUCCAUGUUGCCAAGUCCCGGGAUAGCCUGUAUGGCCUGCUCAACGAGACAUUGACACCAAUGGGAGCUAGGCUCCUCCGAUUGACCAUUCUUCAACCCUGCACGGAGCGACACAAGCUGACGGCGAGAUACAAUGCCGUGGAAGACUUGUCCAUCAAGGAAGACAUGUUUGCAUCAGUCCGACAAGCUUUGAAAGGCUUUCUUGAUGCUGAUAAAGUUUUGAGUUCGAUCAUUUUGGUCCCGACAAAACAGACUGUCCAAUACGUUGAACAGUCGGUCAACAAUGUCAUAAUCCUCAAAACCUACGUCUCUGCCAUCAAGAAGAUAUAUCAGGCUUUAGGGGCAGCAGAAAGUGAUUUGCUUAUCACGAUCCGUGAGGUGUGCAAUCCCGCAGAGCAUCACGUAGUGGAGCAGCUCAUUGAGGAUGUAUUAAAUGAGAAUGUCACCUAUCAAAGCAAGCCACUGGAUCUUCGAAACCAGCGAAUAUACUGUGUAAAGGCCGGCUUCAAUAGCCUUCUAGAUGUAGCGAGGCAAACUUACAAGGAAGCGAAUGCCGAUGCAGCAGAACUUGUGUCCAAGCUAGGGGACAUCCAUGACAUGACUCUAGACCUCAAAUAUGAUUCUGCUCGCCAGUACUUCAUUUGCAUUCCUUCCGCCGAGCCCGAGCCAUUGCCCGAUGUUUUUAUCAAUGUAUUUCGAAAGAGGAACCGCAUCGAAUGCCAAACACUCGAUCUAGUAAAGCUGAAUCAGAAAAUCACAGAUGCUCACAACGAAGUGAUCAGCCUAAGCGACCAGACCAUCCAAGGACUUCUCCAUGACGUUUGCUCCGAAGUGUCAGGACUGUUCCGAAUCAGCGAGGCGAUAGCCACACUCGACAUGCUUGCAGCCUUUGCCCAGUUAUCAACAAGCUACGACUACAUCCGACCCGAAUUAACGGACAUACUAGCCAUGAAAGCCGGACGCCAUCCCAUCCGAGAGCAGAUCCAUGCCAGCAAAUUCAUCCCCAACGACGCGUACGCAACACCGCAGACCCGGUUCCAGAUCAUCACCGGGUGCAACAUGAGUGGUAAAUCGACGUAUAUUCGGUCCCUUGCUUUGACAACAGUUAUGGCACAGAUUGGCUGCUUUGUCCCGGCGCAGUAUGCAUCAUUCCCAAUCAUGCACCAGCUCUUUGCGCGCGUGGCAACAACCGAUAACCUGGACGCAAAUGUGUCAACUUUUGCAGCAGAGAUGCGCGAAAUGGCCUUUAUUCUGCGUAACGUCCAGCCUCGGGGUAUGGUUCUUGUCGACGAGUUAGGAAGGGGAACAAGCACGAAUGAUGGGCUCGCCAUCGCCAUUGCGCUGGCCGAAGCGCUUCUCGCAAGUAACGCAUUCGUCUGGUUCGCCACACACUUUCAUGAUUUAGCACGCAUUUUGUCUGAGCGCAGUGGUGUUAUCAACCUGCAUUUAGCAGCUGAGAUUACCUCGGACGCAGCCAAGAUCACUAUGUUGUACCGCAUCGCCGAGGGUCCAGUUCCAGGUCAUCGAUAUGGAAUUGCGCUUGCGAAGUUGGUGGAUCUUCCACCUAAAGUCCUUGAAGUCGCGAGUACCGUGUCGGAAGAACUGGAUCGGAUAUCUCAGCGUCGGAACAAUCCAUCGCAUACUGUGGCUAUUGCGCGCAAGCGAAAACUAUUGCUAUCUCUGCACGAACAGCUUAUCAUCGCUCGAAACGGAACGAUGGAUGACAAGUCACUUUUCCGAUGGUUGAAGAAGUUACAGGAUGAGUUUGCAUGGCAGAUGGCUGCGGCUAGUCAGGAAGUUGAGGCAGCUGAGAAAAGCGAGGAAGAGCGGGCGGAGGAGAGUGAAACGGUUCCAGAGGCCUUGGAAUCACAAGAUGAGGUCUCUUUAGGGGAAGACAGACAGAAUCAGGAAUGGCCCCGAUCAUUCGCAGAAUCAUCUGUUGACAAUCCAAUCUUGAUCGAAUCGGGCUCUGAGGAAGACAGGAUUGAUAAUGAUGAUGUGGUGCUCAUCUAG